GUAUAACCUUUACUGCAAGAUAAUGAAGCCCAAAUCCUCAAUUAAAAUCAGAAACGAUAUCAGUGAUGGUGAUAUAGUUUUAAAAAAAGAUGUAAUAAAUGACUACCAAAGUGACUCAGAUGAUAGUGUGGAAAUCACAAUAGAAGAGCAUCCUAUCCAGGAGACAGUCAAGAAUUAUGAAGAUGGUAAAGAAGAAGUAACAAGCUUUAGCAUUGAACAGCAAUUUCAAGGACCAAUAGAUCCAAAUAAAACUUUGCUAUUAUGUGAAACUUGUCCCUAUCAAACCACUGACCAUAAUUACUUUGAUGUUCAUAAGAAGACACAUAAGCAAACAUAUAAGUGUGACUUAUGUAAUUACAUUACAAGUUCUUGGGCAAUGAUUCAGAAACACAAGGACAUUAAGCACACGAAAACGGAAGAUUUAUUGUAUUAUUGUGGUGAUUGUGAGUUUACUACAAUGAAACUUUAUCAUUUAAAAGCUCAUAAAAGGGAGCACAAAGUAAAACCCCCAACAUACAAUUGCCAGGAAUGUUCUUAUAAAUGCAUGUCAGAGUUAGCUUUGGUUAACCAUGUUGGUACUAGUCAUUCAGUCGACGGUAGAUGCAAAUUUUGUCUCAAGCAGUAUCGCAGGAGAGAGCAGAAGCGGAAGCAGACACACGAGUUAAGGCAUAUGUUUAUAAGAUCAGUUAAACAGGCUUAUUUUAAAUGUAAGAUAUGUAGAAUUCAGUUUCCAAAUUUGAAUGAUAUCAUACAUCAUUGUAAACUACUUCAUAACAUGACGGUAGACUUUGAUGUUAGCAAGUUUGAUAUUUACUAAGAUGUGGUAGUUCUUAGAAAAUUGUGUGUUGUAUAUUUUAUUAUUUUUAGCAGUAUUACAAUUACUUUUUAUUUAAAUGUAGCUUAGCAUUAGAAAGGUCAUAAAGUCUUAAGAACAGGGUGAUUUAAGAAAAACUUCUUCAUACCAUUCAUGUAAAAAAGGGCAUAUGUUUUUAGGGAAUCUACAAGCAAUACAGGGACCCUAAUAAUUUAUUUUAAUAAAAAUAGCACCCAAAUUACAAAAAAUUCUAUUUACUUUAACAACGCGUUUAACAUAAAAAUAUCUGAGUCACACAAAAAACUUUUUUUCCUGCCACUGGCAAGGGGUAAGAUGUGAAUGUGCUUCCUAUUUACAUAUUGUCGCCUUAGAAUCAAACUAUUGGUUCUAAGGCAGUAAUGACAGGUUUUUUGAAGUUUAAAAAUUUUUAUACUAAAUUAAACGAGUUAUAAUUUUUUUAGUAAUUUAUUAUGGUCUGGUUUAUUUAGAAUGUCAUAUUUAAAAUUUAUCAUAAAACUAAAUCAUAGAUUAAAAAUGUACAAUAAUUUAUUGCAGUGUAAUAUAUUCAUUAAACUCAUGGUAAUACUAUA